AUGUCGCUAUCAGAUUCCGAGGGAUCUGAUGCCGUUAUGGUAGGCCCGGGCGAUAUCCGUGAUUUCAAUAAAGAAAAUAUCCUUCCUCUUCCAACAGAGGACUUCAACAAAAUCAGAGGUUGGUUACAGCCAACACCUUAUGAUCUAGAGAGAUCUGAGUUUUCCAGGCAUCUUGGAUCGUAUCUGGUGGGCACCUGUCAGUGGCUUAUAUCCACAAAUACAUAUCAACAAUGGCAUGAAGGCGACGCGAAUGGCCUUCUUUGGAUCAAAGGCAUACCAGGGUCGGGAAAAUCCGUCAUGGCUGCCUCGAUCAUCGACCAGCUACGUAAAGAAGAUGUUCCGGUGCUUUUCUUCUUCUUCCGACAAAUUAUCGAUGCAAACCAUCAACCAGUGGGAGCGUUGCGGGACUGGCUAUGUCAAAUUCUCCCCUUCAGCCCACCCUUGCAAUUUAAGUUGAAAACCGAAUACCUCGAUAACAAUCGCUCUAUUGAUAGUCUUGCUACGAUUGAUCUCUGGGAAAACAUCAAAUUUGCUCUUUCUACAUUUCCUAAGGCCUACUGUAUCACGGAUGCCCUGGAUGAAAUGGACCAAGGCAAUGAUGACUUUAUUCAGGCUUUGGCCGAGUUCGGCCAGUGGCGCCCUGCGAAUCUCAAAGUCCUCAUUUUCUCGCGGCCAGUUGUUGCGGUUGAAUCUCCACUGAGACCCUUUUCCGUAUCCUCUCUUUGUCUAGAAGAACAACUUGUCGACAUCGAUAUUGCUGCGUACGUGCAGCACCGAUUGCAAGGUUCCGCCGUGCCAAAGGAAUACUGGAAUCUCAUCACCGAGGCCGUUCCUGGCCGAGCGAACGGCCUGUUCUUGUAUGCCAGGCUUGCAAUGGAUGCUUUCUCAAAACCCGGCGCUGAUGUCAAAGAGGUGCUCAAGAAGUUGCCCGCAGACCUGAAUGUGAUGUACAACGAGCUGUUACGCGAGCAUGGAAAGCGCUCAAAUGUUCCUGGCGACCUUCAAUUACUCAUUCUGCAGUCUAUUACACAUGCAACUCGCCCCCUUCGUCUUCUAGAAGUUGCUGAGAUGAUCAAAGCCACCCAUGGUCCAAUUGGAGACCGUAGCUUGAAAGAUAUCAAAGAUCUAGUCCGAGCUGCUUGUGGUCCACUGCUUCAGAUUCUCCAUGACGAGACGGUGUCAGUUGUUCAUCACUCAUUUACGGAGUUCCUCAAGGGAUUCACCCGCUCCGCCACCCUUGAUAAUUCAACUUAUCCCAUUUUGGAAGCCGGUCCAACCAACCACCGUCUUGCCAUUGCAUGCUUAGACUAUCUCACAUCUGGCUGCCUAGACAAACUUGAGAUCAAGAAACGCACUAAGAGUGAGGAGUUCUUCCAACCAAAAAAAGCACAACAGAGUGGAAUCCGUCUACAAUUUCCAUUUCUCGAAUAUGCAGCGGCCAACUGGUACAUCCAUACUCGUCGUGCAGCGCUGGCUGGCAUCGAUUUGUCAUCAUUUUACUUGGUACUUGACGAAUUUGUUGCGAACAAGCAGAGGUUUAUCGCUUGGCUGGAUAUCGACUGGCCGGAGAAUGUAAUCGAAGGCCUCACUCCCCUCCAUGCUGCUGCCAAAAUUGGGCUAGUUGAAUACGCCGCACACUUGAUUCAAAACGGUGACGCUGACCCGAACACCAAGAGUAAUCGCGGUGAUCCGCCUCUCUAUUGGGCUGCUUCCAGUGGCCAUGCGGAUAUUGCAAAGCUUCUCAUUGACGGCGGUGCAGAUCCGGAUGGAGAGGCGCACGAAGGAUAUAAACCUCUUCAUGAGGCCGCCCGCAAAAACCGACCUGAGGUCGUUAAGAUCUUGCUUGCCGCUGGCGUUGAUCCACUAACACCUAAGACAAGAGAAGCCCCAGGCAGACGCUGUGGCAAUGCACCAACCUCAGUUGGUCACACGCCACUCAUGUACGCCUGCGGGAAUGGACACACCAAGGCCGUAGCCGAAUUUUUGCCAUAUCUCACGGACCCCGAUGCUAUCACAAAGGCCAUUUUUUGGUCCGCGGGCUCAGGGCGUGGGGCCUGUGUAGAUCUUAUUCUUCAACAUGCUACCGUGGACGUCAAUUCAAAGUACAGAGGAGAAACUCUGUUGUUCAAAGCCUGCCUCGGAUGCGAUUUGAACACGAUCAAAAUUCUUCUAGCAGCAGGAGCGGAUCCUAAUAUAUUCUGUUCCUAUCCGUCCUGGAAUGAGUUUGGGGGUAUGGGCCCCAUGAUGAUGGGUGGGUCAGGUCGAUCAAUUAAGCAUCCAAAUGAACCCAGGGGCUACACAGCCCUACAUGGUCUGAUUGGAAUCAAAGACCGGCAUCGAAGUCGCCUGCCUUCACUGGAGUGUGUUUCAGUUCUCCUCCAAGCUGGUGCAGAUAUUCAUUUGAAAUCUCCUGAUGGCAAAACGGCCUUGCAUUUUGCAUGUGUCAACAACAUUGAUAUCGUCAAACUACUAUUGGAAGUAGGAGCAGACCCUUAUGCGGAAGCCGACAACGGGGAGACAAUACUGCACAGCGAUGGAUCGACGGACAAGGAGCUGCUUCCUAUACUGUUCGAGUCAGGGCUUGUUGAUGUGAACAAGAUAAUGGCAAAAAGCAACGGAGGACCUUUGUUCAGUCGCCUUCGAGGCCAUCAUUUCAAGACCGCUCUGGAGUUUUUAAAGUACAAACCAAACUUGAAUGUGACUUUAAAAAAUGGCAAUGGUUUGCUGCACGUGCUGUUCAAUCACUGGGGCUUCGAUUCCAAAGAUGCCGUUCUUGACGCUUUCCUCUCGGCUGGCGCUGAUCCGAAUCUCCAAAAUGAAAAGGGCGAGGCGCCUUUGCAUUUGAUGGGACGUGAAACUGGGGUUGAAACGAUCUCCAGGCUGCUUAAAGCGGGUGCCAAUCUUGAGAUCCGGGAUGCACUGGGUCAAACGCCCCUCUUCAAGAAUGUCACAUAUUCAAAUGCUACCAAAGACAAACCCGAGCUCUUCAAAACUCUUAUUGAGCUAGGCGCAAGACUUGAUACCCGAGAUAACAAGGGCCGAACCCUCCUGCACCAAGUUGUCAGGAACACUGAUCGUUUGAAAGAGUUGCUCGGCCUCAUGGACUUCGAUCCUUCCUUGGUGGACAAUAAAGGAAACACGCUUUUCCUCGAGCUCGCUUCCAAGAAGGCCAAGUGCGAUAGUAUUUCAGCGUACAAAUGUGUCAAAAAAAUCGGGGUUGAUAUCGACCAGCCUAAUAACAGCGGAAAGACUGUCUUGCACAAGCUGUGCUCGCGGAAACCCAGAGACCGCAGUUGGAAGCCUUCUAUCACGACACUCUUUGACUAUGUCCUUCACGAGUGCAAGAACCCGAGUCCUCAAGAUAUCGAUGGGAUUCAGCCAUUGCACAUUGCAGCAGCUGUAUCUGAGGCUUUUGUUUUCAAGCUUCUUAAUGCAGGGGCUGAUAUUUUCGGCGUAACCAAAGAAGGAAUGACGGUUCUCCAUAUUGCAGCUCGAGCCCGACAAGCUGGGAUUAUCGGUCUGGUCCUUUCCAAGAUCGCCGACCUUGACGAUGAAAAACGGAAAGCCUUCAUCAAUCAGAGAAAUAUGGAAGAAAGCGCGGCUCUUCACUACGCCUGCUCCUCGUGUCGUCCUGAAACUGUCCGCCUUCUGUUGGAUGCCGGCGCAGACCCUAAUUUGCCAGGCAAGAAUGGAUGGACGCCUUUCAGAGCGUGCGCUGAAUUUGAGAUUGAACAAGCACGAUGGAACAGCAUCGGGGGCAAAGACAAUACUAAAGUCCUCAAGAUUGCCAGUAUCUGGCUCGGUGCCCGAAGUGAGCCAUCAGUAUCAGCGAGGGAGGAUAGUGAAAAGUCUCUACGGAGCUUGCGUACUGUCAAAUACGAAUCGGACUCAACACGUCUAGAUGAAAUUCUGAUUGACUUGAUAUCAUAUGGCGCAAAAAUUACAGGAGACAAUGGCUCUCUCCGUGAUGCAUUCCAUGUCGCUGUCUCUAACCAACGCGACUACACCGCCGAAUGUCUAGUACAACUUCAGUCUCGUUUUCUCCCCAGGCUGAAUCUACUGGAAGGAUCAGAUGGCGAUGGCUUCAACUUCUGCAAGGCUCGUUUGGAAGAUAUGAGAUCCUCGUUGAGGAAGGAAGAGGAGAACCGGAAGACCCGUAAGACCACGCAACGAUCAAUGAAUGAUGCGCAGGCUAUGCAUAUGGUCAAGCUGCUACGCCGUGGCGAGUACGUUCUGUUGGAGGAAAUGAUGCCAGAAAUAGAUAUACUUAUGCUGAACUGGCAAAGCAUAUCUCUCCCGCACGCCCUUGUACGCACCGGUCUGUCAGAUCUCCUGGAUCGUGUCUGCACUCCUGAGGUCGCAUCGAAAUUUGAUGAUCAUGAAUGGUGCAACCAAGCUGAGGCUGCCAAUCACUGUCACAGGAAUGUGGCCAAACCGCUCCUCAUUGCCGCAUGCAGCCGUGAACAGCCAAAUAUGGAGGUGGUCCGUAUCCUUGUGGAAAAGAAGGGUGUCAACAUCAACCUGAAUUGCAGAAAGGAAAGCCUGACCAGCGGCAAGGCCGUUCUACAUGACCUUGCAGAGGGUGCAACUUGGUGGAAUGUGCACCAGGCUUUGCCCUACCUCAUCGGAAAGGGUGCCAAUCUGGAGCAGCGCAAUGAUGAUGGCGAGACAGCUUUGCACAUUGCCUUGGACUUUGAAAGGUACAAGGGUGUUUUCUACAAGCAGGCUGUGAAAAUUCUUCUCGAGAAUGGUGCCGAUGUCAACGCUGUGAAUAACAAAGGGGAGACCUGCUUAUCAAAAGCCGGCACUGAUAUAGAGCUGAUCAAAAUGCUUCUAUCUCAUGGCGCGAAGGUUUCCCCUGCUGCUAUAUUCUCCGCAAUAGAGCUAGGCAAUGUUGAAUUGUUGGAGUUCUUCCUUUCUCAGGGCGAUCUAGCUAACAAGAGGCGGCCCGAUCCCGAAACUCCGGAAAGGAUCCAUUCACUUCAUCGAACCUGGAUUCCAAUCGCCCAGAUAUACCCUUUGUUUCACGCGGCAACUUUCAAAUCUAAUCCACGUGGCCCUCCCGAAAAUGCGGACCAUACCCCUUUGCGAGGGCGCAUGAUGACCGCCCUUCUGAAGAAUGGUGCAGACCCAUACGCUACCUUUGUCAGGCUUCAUCGAGUGAACGACAACUCUUUCAAGGAUGAAGAGGAGUUAAAUGAAUGGGACGAGAACUCAGAAGAAAAGUGGAAUCCCGAGACAUGCACUGUCAUACAUGAGAUCCUGAGAGCAGGCGACGUGGUUGAGCCACUGCUUCAGCUUCCAUCACUCCAGGUUGAAUCGCGAGAUGAUCAAGGCUGCACUUUAAUUCAUUGUACCUGUGGGAAUGAGCGAAUUUGGAGCCUUAUCGACCGUGGUGCUGACAUUUCCGCCCAAGACAACUCUGGUAAAACCAUUGUUCAUCGUCUCGUUCAAGGCCAACCUAGUGAGCAAAAGAUCAGCACCAUCAGGGAUCUUUUAACUAGAGAUCCCAGACUUGUGCACAUGAGUGACGAGGCCGGUGAUACCCCAUUCCACUACGUGAUUAGAGCACGAGACAUACAAUUUGAAUACAUCGACCUACUGCUUGAACACGGCGCUGAGCCCGUCCAGCCAGAUUCAGAAGGCAACACGGCCCUCCACUUUCUCGCUACCAAACCAUUCACUCACAAAGAACGCAUCCAGCAAUUCCUGAACCAUGGUCUAGACAUCAACUCACGUAACACGAAGGGCAAUACACCACUCUCACGGUAUCUUGCACAUAGUGCAUUGCGACCCGGAGGCAUGUUCUGGCGUACAGCCGAGACUGAGGCGCGCAGCGAUAAUGAUGGCCUACUAUUCUUCAAGGAUCUUGGUGCAGAUUUCCUGACAACCAAUAAUUCAGGGACCUCAUUGCUCCAUGUGGUUGCUGGUAGAAAGGUUGGCAGUAGAGGUUAUUUCCGUGAAGAUGAGUUGAAAGUGCCAAUCGAAAAUCUUGUCCAGUGGUUCAAAUAUCUCAUGGACAUGGGCUUGGAUCCUAUGCUAGAGGAUGCUCAACAGCGAACCUCUUUGGAUGUCGCUGCUGCUUGUGGCAAUGAACAUAUCCUCAAAUUAUUCAAGGAGAAGAACACAGAGUAA